GGUUAGAUGGGCGGUGAGAUGGUGGUCGCUUUGCUCAGGGGGGUACCGUUCUAGCCUGGCAUUAGCGGAAUUCAAUCACACCCCACCUGGAGGAUCAGAGUAUGGCAGGCAUACGAGGAUGGCAGACUGGCGGGUCACAUCAUUGAAUAUUGAGCUACCAUAAUGGUUGGCGUACCUUACAGCAAGGGCUGUUUGCUCUGCCGGGAGCGACGCAUCAGAUGUGACCAGUCUAUGCCUCAUUGCAUGCAGUGCCGCAAGUACGGCGUGGCAUGCCCUGGAUAUAAACGACCUUGGCAAUUCCAGGAUGAGGGACCGCGUCUCCAAAAACAUUAUCAGAAAAAACUUCCCAAUGCUGGUCAUAGUAAAUCGAAGCAUCACCCAGAGGCGAUUCCUUGUAACAGCUCUAUACGAAGCCAAGUCGUUACCAACCUUUCGAUCGAUGAGCGUGUCUAUCCGGCCUUGAUUCAGCAAUGCUUUAUCAGCCAACAGCCGCGGGUUUUUAAAGAAUUUGUCUGCGCUGCUUUCCCCACGAUGUUCUACCACAAUGAGUUCCGCUUCGGAGACGGCUUUACCUUCCCGGACUGGGCUUUAAAAAACUUCGGUACGAAGCCUUAUUUCGACGCAUCCGUCUCGUGUCUGUCAGCGCAAUACCUCGCUCAUCUCACUGGAGACCCAAGUAUCCAACACUUUAGCCGGCAGAAAUAUUCACAAGCUCUGGCGGCAAUCAGGCAAGUUCUAAACUCAGACGAGGAGGCGUCCUCGGAUGCGUUACUGAUAGCGGUCAUUCUCCUCUCGUUCUAUGAGAUGAGCACGCGAACUACUCAAGAUGCCUGGGUAUGUCACUCCCGGGCGGUCAAACACAUAAUGAUGAAGCGGGGAAUGACUAGCCAUCUCUCUGGUGCCGGUCGUGUCUGUCAUUUUGCAUACAGACCGUUCCUGAUUGCGGCCGCAAUAUAUGAAGGCGAACCGUGUUUCCUUGGCGAAGACGAUUGGCAAGACCUGGCAGCUAUCCUUCGAGCCGAAGAUUCUCAAAAGAAGAGCGAGUGGUCGUUCUACAUCGAUGUUUACGAAACGAUUUUCAUUGAGCUGGUCAAAUGCCCCAAAUACAUGCAAGAGGCACGAGAGAUUACUUCUAUUACCUCUGCAAAAGCACGACUCCUAGAGCGGAGGGUUGCUAUAACCUGUAAUCAACUGCGAACACUCACUGACGAGCUAAGAUCAUUACUGGCCUCGAAUAACCAGCGAAAGCUGGGAAUACUCUUCCGUGGUUUCAUCGGUCCGGAGCCGAACGGGUUUCCCGAGACAAGCCCUUCACUCCUUCUCAGUGCGGCGGUCAAUACUCUCGGAAUACUCGAACAACUCCUAGCCCGAUUAGCAAUGCCUGUCUACGUUGAAGAGGCAGCUUUUCCCUGGGAAAUAGUGGCAUCAUCCCCCAACCCCCAGAAUACGAGCCCAAGUAAUGCUAGCGGCCCAUGUCUUGAUUUUCGCCUCAUUUGCGAGCUUGGAGAGGGUAUCCAAAAAGACGACCCUCGGGCCUUUACGUGGCUUGAUCGGGUUGCAGGGUCAAUGGGACUCUUAGGAGCGAAAGCCAUCUACUGAAGUCUGCUUGAAGCGGAUCAUCCUUCUUUGUUAUGUGUAUGGGGGGUUUUCUUCAUUUUUGAUGUACUAACAGACAAUUCCCAGCCGUUCUCUACUUGGAUGGAGACUCUCAAAGUUGACAUACAUCUAUGGUAUCAAAUAUCUG